UCUCCGUACAGGGCAAGCACACCAGUGCAGGACCAUUGUCGAUCACCCGGGUAGUCAGACUGUGAUUUCCCGGGACCACACUGAACGCCGUCCGGUUAAACAUCAGAGGUCAUUGCCAGCAGGUGGGGCUUUCUUCCACUCGGACGGCAGUCAAGAAGACAACAAUCAACUAACUUCAGUCAGAGUCAGAAUGGACACAGAUCUGAACUCCACAAUCUCCGCCUUCCUGUCAAAAUGUGAGGAUCACCACCUGUUCCGGUUGACGAGAUUCUACAUGGAGCGACUGGAGCAGGCGAUUGAGGAGGGUCUGGAGGGAGUCGGCUCCAUGUUAAUGGGCGAGGAUCACUUCACCGGGCGAGAGUAUCACGGCGUGACUGAGCUCGCGGAGAAGGGAAACCGAGCGGGCGCUUCCAAACUCCUCCUGGAUCUGGUGAUGGAGAAGGGCUCCGGGGCCCGGAGGGUGAUGUGGGAAUCCUUUGUGAAACUACAUCACCAUUUACCGAAGCUGAGCGGAAUAUUGAAUGAAAUACGGGAACGAGGUGACGGGCAGUUCGUCUACAUGGACCGUAAGCGGAGUUUACCUGAAAUGCCCAAGCAUCUGAAAGAUGUUCAACAGAAACACAAGGAGACUCUGCGGACACAAACUGAAACACUGAGAGUGAACACGAUCCUGAUGAGGGAGAAGGUGAAGGUUUUCCAGCUGGUUGAUCGAUACGCUGAGCUCACGGUCAUUUCCACUGUUCGAGAUCGGAGACUGGUGGAACAUGAGCUGCUGGCAAGAGGCAGAGACCACGAGGAGUGGAGACAGAAACAUCUCCGCAGAGAGCUGGAGAAAGUCCACAUUGCUCAUCUAUUUCAGAAUAGGUACUCACAUUGUUUUCGGGACAAAAUGAAAAGAUUCUUCAAAAGAUCAACUUCUGGAUGUUCGGCAGCAGUGUCUGGAGUCUCGGGGAUCGGGAAAACAACAAUGGUACAAAAGAUUGUUUAUGACUGGGCAACAGGGAAAAUAUACCAAGAAUUCCACUUUGUCUUCUGUUUCAAAUUCCGGGAUUUAAACAACAUUAACUGCAGAAUAAACCUGAAGGAACUGAUUCUGGAUCAGUAUCCUUACUUUGGGAAUAUCCUGAGAGAGGUCUGGAAGAACCCAGAGGGAUCGCUGUUUAUAUUCGAUGGUUUGGAUGAAUUCAAGCACAGAAUCGAUUUUGCGGACAGUCGGGGAGAUACAGAACCCAAGCACCAGUGCCCAGAUCCCGAGUGGUGGUGUGAAGUGUCGGACAUUGUAUACAAUUUAAUCCAGGGCAAGCUGCUCCCAGGGUGUUCAGUGCUGGUGACCACCCGGCCCACUGCGUUACAUUUAUUGGAAAAGGCUGAUAUCCGUGUCUGUGCUGAAAUCCUGGGAUAUGUUGGUGAGGAACGGAAGGAAUAUUUCAUCAGACAUUUCGAAGAUCAGACGGUGGCAGAAGCUGUUUACAAACACGUGGAGGAGAACGAGAUCCUGUACACUAUGAGCUACAACCCCUCCUACUGCUGGAUCCUCGCUCUGGUACUGGGUCCUUUCUUCACACUAAGAGUCAGGGACCCGCAGCGAGUUCCCAAGACCAUCACCCAACUGUACUCCUACUAUAUUUACAAUAUCCUGAAAAACCACGGCCGUGAGAUUGACAACCCCCGUGAUGUGUUACUCAGGGUUGGUCAGAUGGCCUGCAGAGGAGUGUCCGAGAAGAAGAUUGUGUUUACAAAUGGAGAUUUGAUCAACUACAAUCUGCAGCCUUCCCAGGUCCCGUCCGGGUUCCUGAUGGAGCUUUUGGAGAGAGAGGAUUCUGCCUGGAGCGUGAUGUACACAUUCCCACACCUCACCAUCCAAGAGUUUGUUGCUGCAGUCGCACAAUUUCUGAAUCCACAUCCCGGGGACAUCCUGAAAUUCCUCACUAAAGCCCACAACACGACAGAUGGGCGAUUUGAGGUAUUUCUCCGUUUUGUUGCUGGUCUCUCCAACCCAAUGACAGCUCGGGGCCUGGAGGAAUUUCUGGGUCCAUUUCCUCAUGAAGCAACCUGCCGGGUUAUUGACUGGGUGAAGAAGGAGGUUAGACGCCGGAGUGGAAACACGAGGAAUGAAGCUGGUAAAAGGAGCCUCCUGAACACAUUGCACUACCUGUUUGAGUCUCAGAAUCGUGAACUGGCUCAGGCCUCAUUGGGAUCUGUGGAAACACUUUCCUUCAGUGGAAUGAUACUGACCCCGAUUGACUGCGCGUUCCUGUCUCAUGUCAUCGGACUCUGUGAUACACUAAAACACCUCGACCUGGAGAACUGCCACAUUCAGUGUGAAGCAAUCCAGCGGCUGGUCCCCGGCCUGCACAAGUGCCAGGAGUUGAAACUUGCGACGAAUGAUUUGGGAGAUUCUGGAGUGAAACUGGUGUCUGCGGCUCUGAGGAACCCGGAGUGUAAAAUACAGAUACUGGGGCUGAGGGGUGUCGGUCUCACAGAUUCUGGUGCCGAGGAUCUCGUUUCCGCUCUCAGUACAAACUUAUCAUUGACGGGUCUGAACCUGAGUGGUAAUAAACUGGGAGAUUCAGGAGUGAGUAUUGUGUUUGCGGCUCUCAGGAAUCCGGAGUGUAAAAUUCAGAGAUUGCGGCUGAGUGGCGUCGGUCUCACGGAUUCUGAUGCUGAGGAUCUUGCCACCGAUCUCAUUACAAACCGAUCACUCACGGAUCUGGACCUGAGUGAUAAUAAACUGGGACAUUCCGGAGUGAAACUGGUGUCUGCGGCUCUGAGGAACCCGGAGUGUAAAAUACAGAAACUGUGGCUGAGUCGUGUCCGUCUAUCAGAUUCUGGUGUCGAGGAUCUCGUCUCAGCUAUCAUUACAAAGCGAUUGCUAACGCGGCUGAACCUGGAAUCAAACUGGCUCACAGACCGAUCUAUCCCCGCUCUUCGACGCCUUAUAGUAGAACUCCCGACUCUGGAGCGGAUUGUGCUGGUGGGGAAUCGGUUUAGUCAAACCGGGGAGAAGGAAUUGAUGUCUCUCCAGGAACGCACAGCUGGACUGAGAGUGAUAUUUGACCAUCGGAAUAUGUGAACAUUUUCGCCCGCGGGAUGGG